AGUAGAUGUCAGUGCGACAUCAGUGUGAUAAUACGACGGGGUACUUUGGUGUACUCUUACGAUUACUUGGGUUUUAUUUAAUGAAAGAUGGGUAAUCAAAUUGCUACCUACAUAACAAAUCCGGAUAUAAUGCCUGUACCUAAUGGGAAGCCUACAUUUGAUCCGACGAUAGGAUUUCCCGAGGGUCGAAAACUCAGAGAAAUAAAGGUAUCAGAAGAGGAUAUGAUGGCUGCAAAAAUCCCACGUGAUCGCCGUGACUAUUGUGCUCAUAAAUAUCUAGAAUUACAUGAGUGCAAGAGACUUCAUUAUCCCUUUAUGAUAAAAUGUGCGCAUAAAGUGCACGAAUACAAUGCCUGUCAUGUCGAAGAGUAAGCUGCACAUAUUUAA